CGGCAAGAUCAGAAAAGAAGUUAGCAUGAACAUAGCGGUAGAAGAUAGUAAGAGAUGCAACAUUGCGGCGAUGAGAGACUGAAGACAGUCAAUUUCUUUGUUGCUCUUGGCCAGAAUCCUUCCACGCAAAGAGAGAGAGAGAGAGAGAGAGAGAGAGAGGAGCAAGUGCCGAUACAAAGGCGAACUCCCACCAACAGCUGCUGGACUGUCAGUGUUGACGUGUCGGUGGCGGGCACAGGAAAGGCGCUGCCAAACCUUCCCUCACGUUUCAAGUGUUUGCUGGUCCUGUGUGGAUGCAUUAUACUGUGCUGCUUAGGAUGAUCACAGUAUAAACAGUCCAUGUAUUUUGGGUCAUAGCGGCUGUGUGUCGCUGUGUGAACGGUCAAGUGUUGCUGAGGUGAAACAGCCGGCCGGCUGAUGUGUUCUUGUUACGCCUCCUGUCGCCACCACCACCACCACACCCAAGUUUAGUGACCAUGGAUCUGACUGCAUUCUCCCAAGAAAACUUUGAUCCUAAGGAAUGGAUUAACAGUGUGUUCCGAAGCCAGGAAGCACAACAGAAUCGUGAUCAAUAUGCUUCAUCCCUAGUAAUGCGGCUGCAGCUGGCUAUCCAGGAGGUGAACAGUGCCUUGGAGGAGACCAGCCAACAGGUUGUGGGAAGUCUUCCACGUGUGCUGAGGGACGUGGAGUCCUUGGGUCAUGAGGUGUCAGUCCUCAAGAACCAGAUGAAUAGUGUAAGACAAGACAUUGAAAAGGUGGAACAUAAUACAGCUGCCAGCAUGCAGACUUUAGUGAAGCUGGACACACUCAAGGGGCGGAUGGUGGCCACCUCACAGGCCCUGCGUGAAGCAGACAACUGGACCACACUCUCCACUGACAUUGAAGAGGUGAUGGAAAGUGGGGAUGUGGAAGCAAUAGCAGAGAAACUAGUUGGAUUACAAAAUUGCUUAAGCAUCCUUACUCAUGUACCUGAUUACGAGGAGCGUGCAGCUCACCUGGAAGGUCUUAAGGUGCGCCUGGAAGCCCUGGCCAGCCCACACAUUGUGGCUGCCUUCACCAACCAUAAUUUAGAAGAAUCAGUGAGGUAUGCCAGGUUGCUGCGUUCACUUGGGCGUGUCAGUCAGCUGGAGAGUUACUACCAUAAAUGUGAAAUGGGCCAGCUGGCAGCAUCCUGGCGUGGUGGUGUGGAGGGUUUUCAUCUGGCAGGACCUCCAAACUGGCUCACCACUUUCUAUGAUAAGGUUUCUCUAUUAACCUCACAACAGGUGCAUUGGUGUGGGCAGGUCUUUGAGGGAUCAGAUUCAAGUCUCUUGUUGGCACAAUUGGUGGCAGCCUCUUUGGCUUCCUUGGACCCCCCUGUGGAUCAAGUAGUGGCUGUUGCUGUUAAACAACAGGAGCAGCCAUUAGACUUCCUCAUUGCUAUAAAGGCUUCUGGAGAUAAUUUCCUAAAGGAUUUGGAAAAUGCUCUUGGUACUGCUAAACCAGGUCAGGAUGCACUUUACCAGGCACAGAGGAUGGUGACGCAGGCUGUUUAUAGGCCUCUUCAGGAACAGAUCACUAAGCACCAGGAAUAUCAAGAAGCUCAGUUACUCUCACAUCUAAUCUCUGCAGAUAUUGUAAAGGGAGACAUGGGAGAGACCCUCCGCCGCUUGCGGGAGUACUGUGGUAAGCUCCCCAGCCAGGCUGAGGCAGCUGCAGAGCGAUGUAUACAGCUCAGCAAUGGAUGGGGCUUUCCUGGCCUGGUCAUGGCCCUUACCACCUACGUAGAGCAGUGUACAGCCCGUCUUGCCCAGGCUGCACGUCACGUCCAGAAGCAAAAAGCAUCCAUCAUCGAUGACUGGACCGUUUUUACUACUUGUCUUAAUCUCAUCCAAGCUGCAGGAGAGUUGGUGAUGGCAAUAGACAGCACAGAACACUCCUUAGCCACACGCUUCGCAACAAUUGCCACCAAGUUCAGCUGGAAUCCCACCACUUCAUUCACACCUACUCCUGAUUUACUUCUUUCAUCUCAAGCUGUAACCCAGUUGAAGAACUUAGUCACGAAGGUGGUUGAGGAAGAUGGGAGGCUGUUGGAACAGAGUCUGACUGAAGCUCAAGCACAGUGUCAAAGUGCAGUAGAGGCUGCACUCUCCACCAUUAUGGCCCCUGUGUCUUCUCAGUUGGCAACCAUCCCAGACUUGCUUGCCUGGACCUCUCGUCCAGGAACCUCAGCUCAGCUGUCAUCAUCCUUCUCUCCUCAGGAAUAUAUUACGCAGAUUGGGCAGUACCUUAUGACCUUGCCACAGCAUCUUGAACCUCUCCUCGUUAACCACAGUCCAGCCCUCAACCGUGCACUGCAAGAGGCCAACACUACCUCCACAUCUAACACUGGAAGGAUUGUGAGUGAGAGUGAGAUCAGUGCUGCAGACUUCCUCAUCAACAGUGUUGGUCAGAACACCUGCAAACUCUACACAGAUGCAGUAUUAAAGAUACCAGACAUCACAGCUUCUAUGGUGACGCAGCUUACGACGGAUAUUGAUUAUGUGUGUAAUAUCCUGGAAGACUUGGGUGUAAGCUCCUGUGAUCCCCUGGACCAGCUCAGUGCUCUGCUGAAGGCCCCAGCAGACCAAUACUUGAAAUUAGCACCAGGCAAGAACCCAAGACUAAUUGCUGGUGUGAGACAAAUGAGGAACAUUACUGGCCAGUCCUAACAUUCUUACAAAGUGUCACUUCACUGGCUAAAACUAUUCGUAUGAAUAAAGUACAAAUUUGAAAAAUUUAGAAUUAUAUGCACUGUUUGCAAUCUGAUUAUUGUUGUGUAGUAUCCAUAUUUGCUACCAUAUUUGCUGUGUAGAAAGCUAUUUAAUAAAGAUAUAAAUGCAAAAA